AGAAGUUGACUUAAAUGGUAAUGAAAAUGGAACGAUCGAUGAUGAUGGGGAUAAUAUUAGUAAAUCGUCUGCUUCGGAAAUGCCUGAUAAGAAAAUAUUCUGUCCAAAUAUGCGAACAGUUGUAAGUGACUAUUGUGCCAAGACUUCGAUCCAUGGUAUUCAAUAUUUGGGUGAAACGAGACCGUUCAGGGAGAAACUAUUUUGGUUUAGCGUUUUUGUUAUCUCUAUUUAUUGCGCUUUAACAUUGAUUCGAAACAUUUAUAUUAAAUGGAAUGAAACGCCGGUUAUAGUGAGUUUCUCCGAGAAAUCUACACCUGUUUGGAAUAUACCUUUCCCAGCUGUAACCAUAUGCACCGAAACUAAAAGAACUUUGAGAUUGGAUGCGCCUUCUUAUGGUGAUUUGUUUAAUAUGCUAAAAGUCAAUGUAAAAAAUAAACGAAGAUUUACUGCAAAAAUGGCAAAUUUGAGUGAUACCGAACUAGAGGAGUUUGUUACUUUAUUGCAUAUAUGCAACACUCAGAUCAUAGAUGAAGGUAUUCCAGUCUUGUAUCCGCAACAUGUGGAUUACUUUGCCGUUUUAGAUCGAAUGGCACCCAGUUUUGAUGCGAUGUUCACCUUCUGCAAAUGGUUCAAUGUUUUCGGUGAUUGUAAAGGUUUAUUUAUUGAAACCUAUACGGAAGAAGGCGUCUGCUUUACCUUCAAUGGGCUGAAUAAUACAGAUUUGUAUCGUGAAAACACUUGUCAGCAUCAGAAAGCCCAAGAGAUCAUUAUUCCAAAGAGCAAUUGGUUAUCAAAUCGAUCGUUGAGUUGGUCAUUAGAAAACGGUUAUUCCAAAAAUACCGGCAUUCAUACAUAUCCGGCCCGAGUCUUAAGUGCCGGUUCACGUGCUGGCCUUUUUGUGGCCAUACAAAAUUUAGGCAAAAAUUUGGAUUAUUUGUGCCGUGGACCCAUACAAGGUUUUAAAGUUUUAUUACAUUCGCCCGACGAUGUCCCGCAAGUGUCAAAACAAUUUGUACGCAUACCUUUGGGUAAAGAAAUACUAAUAGCAGUAAAACCAAAUAUGAUUACCACAUCGGGAGGUAUAGCCUAUUAUCAUCCCCAGAGGCGACAAUGCUUCCUAAGCAAUGAACGGGAAUUGAAAUUUUUCAAAAUAUAUACCCAAACUAAUUGCGAACUAGAAUGUCUCACUAAUUUCACUUUAAACAAAUGCGGUUGCGUUAAAUUUUCUAUGCCUCGCACCCACGAUAUGCCCAUAUGUAGGGAGGAUAAAAUUCAUUGCUACGCGCAAGCCGAAGAUGAUUUGCUUUUGCGGGAAUUUACUGAAGGUCUUAAAACGACCGAUUUUAAUUAUCGCGGUCUAACCGAAUGCAAUUGUAUGCCAGCCUGUACUUCCCUAGUCUACAAUGCUGAGAUAUCUCAGGGCAAUUUCGAUUUGGAUAAAUUAUUGAGUGCCAUGGGUAUCACCAAUACACCCCAGGACCUGCAAAUGUCACGUUUAGAAAUCUAUUUUAAGGAGAAUCAAUUUAUAACUUCGAAACGUUCAGAGCUAUAUGGUGUAACGGAUUUCUUGGCCAAUUGCGGUGGCAUAUUUGGCCUAUUUAUGGGUUUCUCGAUUCUAAGUUUGGUCGAGAUGUUAUAUCAUUUUACUUUACGCUUUUGGUCGAACGUGCAAUGCUAGUAUUUUAAGUAUAAUUUCUAUAUAAUUUUUAAUUUUUCUAUUUUCCAUUUACU